ACCCUUCAAGUACUAGAAAUGGUUCUAAAAUACUCUCCAUCUAUCUUUUGGCUCUAAAAUGCCCUUCUAUCCACCAAUAGGGCUCCAAAAUACCCUUCCACUUAACAGACCUUUGAUUAGGCUUUAAUUUAACACAUGACAGCUUGUCAUUGAUUAAAAAUUUAAUUAUUUUUAAAACCCAACUUAAUUUCCACUUAAACUACCCACCCAUCUGUCCAACCCAAUAACCCAACCCAAACAUAACAAUUAGAGGGGAAACAUUCGUUUCAGCUUCUCCAAAAUUCCAAUCGCAAUUUUAGGGUUUCUCAAAUAUUCAAUCGCGGUUUCUAAGCUGCCAAACGCCGCCGACGGAGCUUCGGCAACUUUGACGGCGGUGUACCAGUGCCAAAAUGUGCGCCAAGCCUCCGUGAACCUAACCCAACAAAAAUCCCCAAAAAAUACUGCCUCAAACACCGAAAAUUUGCAUUUGAAUGCAUCGCCACCAUUUGCGAUUUUUGGUAGUGGCAGCGCCGCCGCAGCUCACCGUCAAAUAGGGAAAACUCAACACCAAACGGGGCAUCUCCUUCAGGCGACCAAACCCCAGCAAGAAGAUCCAAAAAAUAUGGCGUCAAUUGUCGCCAAUUUGAGAUCGAAAAUUUCGCUGGCGGAGCUCCAAAUCCAACAAUUUCAACGCCAAUCAAAUUCAAAUGAGGUCAGGAACAUAAAUUUCACAAAAGCUCCUUUGAUUUCUUCACAGAACGUGUCCAAUUUUGAAAUUAGAGUUUCAAAACCCCAAUUUCACUACGACAACGUUCCGACUGCUGUAAAUCAAAAUUGGUCAGUAGAUAUGGUUCAAAAUGUCUCAAGAAAUGUAUCCCUUAUGAAUUCCAGGGCCGAUUCAUCACAGAACUCAACCAAUUUGAAUUUCUAUAAAUCAAAGUGUGUUAAAGUUGAUGAAAAUGCAGUGCAUUCAGUUGGGGACCCUAAAGUAAGUACUCAUCAUUUGAACAUAAUGACCGAGAAGAGAGAGACAGAAGAUCGUAUUGCAGAUGAGAAGGCUAGUGGAAAGAGGCAGAAGACUGUCCAGCAGCCUUCUGAUGAAGAUCGUGACAAAAAUGUCCGCCAAGGAAAGCAAAAGAAGAGACUGUCCUUUUCUUGAUACAGUCAAUAGACAGGGUGAAUUGGAAGUUGUCGAAGAGAUGCAGAAUGAAGCAGGCCGUAUUGUUUCAAAGACUAGCAAAAUGCCUUUCUUGUUGCCUCGUCAAGUACAUUCCUGAUGAAGAUUCUGAUGAAUUUGAAAAAGAUGACCAAUCAAUUUUAAAGCCUACUAAAGACAAGGAUGGGUGGAAAGUAAUAAAGAAGUAACUGAAUAUAUAAUCUAGUUUUUAGAGUUUGUUUAUUGUUAUGUAAUGGCACAAUGAAACUUUAUAUUUGAUUUUUUUUAAUGUUAAUUAGACUUGAUAGUUGUUGUAUCUGGGAACAAAUGACCAAUGUUUUGUGGUUUUUGAACAAUGCAAUUGGUGACAAUUUGCUAUUGUGA